CCAAACACCAAGAGAGACGCCAACUCUGAAGAUGUCGUCAAGAGAGAAGCCGAUGCUGAAGCAAGAUACUUAGGUUACUACUUAUUCGAGCCAAACACCAAGAGAGAUGCCAACUCUGAGGACUUUGCUAAAAGAGAAGCCGAUGCUGAAGCAAGAUACUUGGGUUACUACUUAUUCGAACCAAACACCAAAAGAGACGCCAACGCAGAAGCUUAA